CCGCCCCCUGCCCCGCACCGGGGAGCGGAGGAGAGUAAAUACAACAGGAGCGCAAAAUGGCGGAGCCCCCGAGCCCAGUGCGCGGCGCCGCUGGUGCCGCCGCCGCCGCCACCUCGGAGAAAGAACCGUUCGGCAAGCUGCAGCCCUCGUCCCGGGACCCACCGGGUUCUCUGUCCGCCAAGAAGGUCCGGACUGAGGAGAAGAAGGCGCCGCGGAGAGUGAACGGAGAAGGAGGCAGCGGCGGGAACAGCAGGCAGCUGCAGCCGCCGCCGCCGGCGGCACCUUUGCCUCAGAGCUAUGGCAGCCCUGCCUCUUGGAGCUUCUCCGCUCUGUCGGCUGCCCCCUCCCCGUCCUCUUCUCGGAGCAGUUUCUCUUUCUCCGUUGGCACGGCCGUUCCCUCGUCAGCCUCCGCUUCCUUGUCUCAGCCAGUGCCGCGCAAACUGCUGGUCCCUCCUACGCUGCUGCACGCUCAGCCGCACCAUCUCCUGCUGCCGGCCGCCGCUUCCGCGGCCACCGCCAAGUCGCGCAGACCUAAGGAGAAGCGGGAGAAGGAGAAGAGGAGGCACGGCCUCGGUGAGGCCAGCGGGGCCGCCCGGGAGGAGAACGGCGAGGUGAAGCAGCCGCCGCGAGAUAAAAUCAAAGACAAAAUUAAAGAGAGAGACAAAGAAAAAGAAAGAGAAAAAAAGAAACAUAAAGUAAUGAAUGAGAUCAAGAAAGAGAAUGGAGAAGUAAAAAUUUUGCUAAAAAGUGGGAAGGAGAAACCAAAAACAAAUGUAGAAGACUUACAAAUUAAAAAGGUAAAGAAGAAAAAGAAAAAGAAACACAAAGAGAAUGAAAAACGGAAGCGUCCAAAAAUGUAUAGCAAAUCUAUUCAGACCAUCUGCUCAGGAUUGUUAUCUGAUGUUGAAGAUCAAGAAGCCAAAGGCAUCCUAAAUGAUAACAUAAAGGAUUACAUUGGAAAGAAUUUGGAUACCAAGCACUAUGAUUCCAAAAUUCCAGAGAACAGUGAGUUUCCAUUUGUCUCGUUAAAGGAGCCACGAGUUCAGAAUAACCUCAAAAGGUUGGACACUUUGGAAUUCAAACAGCUGAUUCACAUUGAGCACCAGCCUAAUGGAGGUGCAUCGGUUAUCCAUGCUUACAGUAACGAACUCUCCCACCUGUCUCCUGUGGAGAUGGAGAGGUUUGCAGAAGAGUUUGUGGGUCUAGUGUUCAGUGAAAAUGAAAACUCUGCAGCUUUCUAUGUAAUGGGUAUUGUUCAUGGGGCAGCUACUUAUUUACCUGACUUUUUAGACUACUUUUCAUUUAAUUUUCCCAAUUCACCAGUGAAAAUGGAGAUAUUGGGAAAGAAAGAUAUAGAGACAACAACUAUGUCCAAUUUUCAUGCUCAGGUAAAAAGAACGUAUUCUCAUGGUACUUACAGAGCUGGCCCAAUGCGACAGAUAAGCUUGGUGGGAGCAGUUGAUGAAGAAGUGGGAGAUUACUUUCCUGAGUUCCUUGACAUGUUGGAAAAUUCACCAUUUUUAAAAUGUACACUGCCAUGGGGGACACUAUCUAGUCUAAAAUUAGAGAGUCGAAAAGAUAGUGAUGAUGGCCCCAUCAUGUGGGUACGUCCAGGAGAACAAAUGAUCCCUGUGGCUGAUAUGCCAAAGUCACCUUUCAAAAGGAAAAGAACUACCAAUGAAAUAAAAAACCUUCAGUACCUACCUCGAACCAGUGAGCCCCGUGAGAUGCUCUUUGAAGACAGGACAAGAGCUCAUGCAGAUCAUAUAGGACAAGGUUUUGAACGACAGACUACAGCUGCUGUUGGAGUGCUGAAGGCUGUACACUGUGGAGAGUGGCCUGAUCAACCCCGAAUAACCAAAGAUGUAAUUUGUUUUCAUGCUGAGGAUUUUUUAGAAGUAGUUCAACGAAUGCAGUUAGAUUUACAUGAACCUCCACUGUCCCAGUGUGUCCAGUGGGUUGAUGAUGCAAAACUUAAUCAACUGAGGAGAGAAGGCAUUCGCUAUGCCAGGAUUCAGCUGUACGAUAAUGACAUUUAUUUUAUUCCAAGGAAUGUUGUUCACCAGUUCAAGACAGUUUCAGCUGUAUGCAGUUUAGCAUGGCAUGUUCGGCUCAAAUUAUACCACUCAGAGGAGGACUCUUCCCAGAAUACAGCUACUCAUGAAAUAGGCACAUCAUCAGAUUCCACAUCAUCAGUUCUUGGACCUCACACUGACAACAUGAUUUGUGCUGUAAGAAAAUCCUCCUUGGAUUCUGUUUUUUCAGACAAGCUUCAUUCUAAAUAUGAAUUACAGCAGAUUAAACAUGAACCUACUGCAUCUGUAAGAAUCAAGGAAGAACCUGUGAAUGCUAAUAUUCCUGAAAAGACUCGAGCACCGAAUAAUACGGAUGGCAAGAAUGUGAAAACAAAAUUGGAUCAUGUUCAAUUUACAGAAUUUAAGAUCCACAUGGAUUCUAAAUUUGAAAAUAGCAACAAAGAUUUAAGGGAAGAAUUGUGCCCUGGGAGUCUCAUAAGUCUAGUUGAUUCAAGGCAACAUAGUUCAUCACAUCCAAAUCAAGAUAAAAAAGAUGAUGACAUUUUGUGUUAAAUUUGUACAUAACAUUUAAAAUUCUUUUUUUAAAAAAAUUUAAUAAUGUAAUAAAAAUUCAUGAAUUCUGAAAGCAAGCCAAGGACUUGCUCCCAAGUCUGUUACAAAAUAUAGUUUAUGUAGCUUUGUAACAUUCCUCAGUGCCUGUCCGUAACUGUGAAGUAUCAAGCACUUAGGGCCAGAUGCACUGUAAACAUUGCAGGUUUGAACUUACAGGAGUCUUUAAAAAAUCAUUUGAGUUGGAAUUAUAGGUUUUAGAAUAGAGCUGACAUUAACAUAUAUAUAUAUUUUUUGUAAUAUGAGCCAGAAUUCUUUUUUGACAAUUUAAGGCUUUUCCAUAGAGCUUAUUUAUACCAAUUUUUUUUUUCAUUUUAAACGUGUCAGCACUGUAGUGUAAAUAGCUUUUAAAAAACCUUUUUAGUGUGAUUUAUACUGAAAUGUGAACCACUUAAUAAAGGUUCAUAAUAAUAAAUAUGUUUUCUGUUGGAUCUGCAAAGACAAACUGACAAUUCAUUUAAAUCAUUUGUUUAAUAUAUUCUCUCUGCUGGUAUAUCCAUUUAGAGUGGUAAUGGAGUGCAAAUGUAUGUAUCCAAAUCUCAUAAAUAUUUAAAUUCCCCACACUGUGCAGGCAUUUUUAAAUACCAAGAUUCAAUUAAGAAAGCAUAUAUAUGUGUGUGUGUAUGUAUGGGAAUGUAUAUAUGUAUAUCAUAUUUUGCAUAAUUUUCUUAAAUUGCUGAAUAAGAUGAAUAUGUGAAACUUCUUAGCCCUGCUCCCUGGAAUACAUUUAAAAAUAUUUAUGUUCGACAUUAAGAAAGCAGUUUAGGUAAUAGAAACAGUUUUAGAAAGUUGGGUUAAACAUGGUAUGUUAAUAAUAUCUAACCCUUCUAAGUAAUGAAGUUAUGUGGCCAGAUUACAUAGGCCUAACAAAUUUUCUUUCUUUGUGUAUGGAAUAAGAAAUUUAGAAAAUUUUCUUACUAAUAAGGAUUUGUACUAUACUUAUUAGUAGCUGAGUAAAAAGUCUUUAGUUACGGAAAGUUUUAUUGUGAGCAAUUAAAAUCCUCUUUUACAUUUUUCUUACAGAAUGGGAGAAAAUAUGGCAAAUACAAAAUCAUAAAAUAAGGGCAAUGACAGUGACUCCACUGCCAUAUUCAGAUACAACUAACAGAAAACUAUGUGGUACCUCAUCUUUCUCAGGAUCCCCCUCCCUACUCCAGCAAGGCAAAUAACUCGGAGUACUUCCUUUUCAAAAGAAGCUGUAGAAAGUAAAUUGAGGUAGGAGACAGGAUUGCCACUGCCUAACUAAAGAUGAGUAAAACAAAUCUCUUAAUGAUGGACUUCAGCUGCUUCCAUUAUUGUAAUUAAAAGUCAAAAGUCUUUGUAUAUGUUGAUAGAAGGAAUUCUGCUUAUUGCAAAUCUAUUUUAUUUUAUUUGUUUUUGACAUAUUCUGGGCCCAUACUUUGGCUGAUGACUUUCAACUGGGGUUCUUUAUGCUGCCUUUGGGCUGCUGUUACUAUUUCCAUUUUAGUAGUUUCUGUUGUGGCCUCAUUUGAGGUACCCAUCAAAACUGCUUGUGUUUCUGCUUAGGGAGAAGCCAUUUCACCAGAACAAAUAAAAAUUACUUUAUAGUAAUGAUGGCAGUUCUGACCCCUAGUUUAAUAAAAGGGAAGGCAGAUACAGGAAAUCUUGAUGGUUUGUAGGAAAUCAAUGUUUGCAACAUAGGAAGUUUUUUGGGAUAGGGAAGAUAUAAAUCAUGGCAGUGUAAGAAGGGGUUUUUGUUUUAUAUGUCACUGUCUUAUCCUGCUCCCCACCUAUUUAAUCUUAUGUUUUAAGCUAAAUUUAUGGAUUUGCACCUACGUUUUUGGGAGACAAACGUUCUUAACAAACUGUAUUGAGAAAGAGGAAGGGAUUUGGUUAAAAUGUUUUUCUGCUUUUUCUUUUUUAAUUGAAGGGUGUUAUAUUUAACAAGAUGUGUUUUAUUUCCAGAUUUCCAGUAGCAUAUACAUAGAUGUAUACUGUAAGAAAAUGUCUUUAGGGUAUCCCUCCAAAAUACAUGAGCCUUAAACUGUUUAUCUUAAAGAAAGGCAUAUCUAAAACAACCAUAGUGGUUACUUUUAGGUAUAGUUUCGUAUAUAACCCUUAGUCAAACUUACCCAUAAUUUGAAAAUUUAAUUGUUUUAUAAAAAGCAUACAUCUCUGUGGAGGUGUAGUGUAAAUCAGUGGGCUCAAGAUUUCAAGAUACAACCUUGUUAUCGCCUUCAUUAAUGUGUAUGUUCUUUGUCUUACGGGUUAUAAUUUUAAAAUCCUCUUCAGAUGCA